GGCCGGGCGGGCGACUGGCCGGGGUGGCCAUGGGUACAACAGACCCGAUCUGCGGGGGAGCGACUGGCGAGGAGCGUCGGCAGCCGGCAGAAAGGGGCGAGUGCGUGGAUGAAGGUGCGGCGGGAAGUUCCGGUCGCGAUCAGGAAUGGGCAUCGUCGUCCGCGGUGGGAUCCGAUCGUCGUACGGCUGAUGAUCGGGCGGGAAGGGGUUGGGCCAGGCGGCGGUGGGUACCCCUGGCGGCGUGCGCGGCGAUCGGCUGCUCCGCCUCCGUGGCUAUCGCCCAAGCCGCGGCGCCCGUCUGCCACGGCGUGGGCUCGUGCGCGAGCUUGCUCUCCGGCGGGAUCAACUGGAUGACGUUCUUCGCUGUGUUCAACCUGGCGGCCAUUUUGGACGUCGGGACGGUCAGCGAUGCCGGGUCGCUAUUGGGCGUCGCGGACUGGGCCUGGGACAACGAGCACGUGAGCGAGGGUGUGCGGGGGGCUGUGCGUUACACCGAGCAGCGGUCGGGCGACGCGGUCGGCGUGACGUUCGUGGAGGUGGGGUGCGUCACGGAAUUCGCGGGGGAGCCGGCGUGGGUGUCCGGCUCUGCGGCAGGGGGUAACAUGAGCGUGAUCUGGGCCACGGACGGGUCAGGGGCGCCGAGGACAUGGAUGUGUGGAGCGAAGGCGGAGGCGCUAGGUGGAGAUUUUGAAGGUAUUGAAGGUGUGGAGGCGGCAGGGGGAGGAGGCAAGAAUUGGAGAAGGGCGAGGGAAAAAUUGCUGGCGCGGCGCAGGCCGGACUACGACGCCGCGGAGAGGCUGCUGCGCGAGUGGAUGGUGCACCGGAUCGCGGACAGGGGAGUCCGGUGGAGCGUCCCGGGGAAGGGCUGGGAUUGGAUCGCGCCCUUCGAGGUGGCCAGGGACGAGUGGAUGGACCGCGAGCUGGUCAGGCUAUUCGCCGACAAUGGAACGGUCGCUGUCGCUAUUGCCAACGCGGGGGGAGUGAACGACUCCGUGGCGGUGAGGCGCGGGGGAUGGGACGCCUCCAGCGGAGCGGGGCCCGCGGCCAGGGCCAGCAGCCGGGCGGGGAGGGAGGCCAGCGCGGAGCUGUGCGUGGGGGACACCGCCAAGGCGGCGGAGGCGGGGAUCAAUUUGUGCAGAGGGGGCAGCCUGAUGCUGGACAGGCGGCAGGCGGCGGGGCUGACGCUGCAGGGUGGGGCGGUCGUGCGGAGGGAGUUCGUGGGCGUGGCGGGGAGGUCGGGCGUGUUCCCGUCCAGGCGCGGGGUCGUCGAUUCGACGACGCCUCGGCCGGCGUUCCGUCCGGAAGACGACCCAGGCUUGUCGAUCGCCGAGUCCGGGGUGAUCUCCUUUCAUCCCGGCGCCGAACUCCGCGCGGCAGACCCCCCGAUCGGCGCGGACGCCUGCGCGGCGACGUUCUACGGCCCCUUGAGGCCCGGCGUGCCGUACGGGGUGGACCUUGUCGAUGGGACACCGGGACCGGAUGAACCGGUGCUCAGCUGCGACGUUUCGGCCACCGCAGUGCCGGUUCGGCUCCUCAAGGCGGCGGAGCAGGCGGUGGAGGCCAAUCUGGUAGGCGGGAGGGACAGGCCGGUGGCCGCCCCCCCGAGCGAGAUCGCCUCCGCAUGGCUCUUCGGCAGCCUGGCUGCGGCGCAGCUGGGCUGGUGGGUGGUCUGCGGCCUGCACCGCCUGCAGGAUGCUCUCUACCUGGCCGCCCAGGCGAGUGUCAGUGCCUACGCCAAGGCUCAGGGCGCCGACGCGGGCGUGCCCAGGCUCCGCCGGCUCAACACCCACGUGCACGUGUACAUGUCUUUCUACACAGACUGGUACCUUAAUGUCCGGGCGUCCACCCUCAGAACAUACGCCGCCGGGCUCGCCAUUCUUGCCGCCGCGCUAACCUACGGAGUGGCAGCCGUGCCGAUCGUCCUGCAGAUGAUCGAGCAGGUGCGGCACGACGCUUGGGCGCACAGGACGGCCUUCUCGCUGAGGACGGGGGACGGGCCCGGGGGCCCAUCCGGGUCGCUGCUGCUGGCGACGGUGGAGCGGAGGAUGGCGGGGAGCACGGCGGUGUGGACGGGGGCAGCGUGCGUGGUGAUGGCGCUGCAGGCAGUGGUGCACGCCGUGCUGAUGUUCAGGAGGAUACGGGAGGAGCAGACGGCGCAGGAGCUGCUGGUGGAGGACGCGGCAGAGGGGCGUAAGAGCCUGUUCGAGAAGCUGCGGUCGAUCGUGUGA